AUGGAAGUAACUUUAGAGUCAUUAACGAUAGAAGAGCCUGAUCAUCCAGCAUCGGAAGAACAACCAUUAUUAUCGGAUGAAGACCGUACUACUUGUGAUACAGGAAGCACUUUUGAAACUGAAACUUAUGACUCGUAUGGAGAAGAGGAAGCAGUAGUUUCAGGUUCAAGUUGGGCUGCAUAUGUCAAUGUAAUUUGCGUGGUGGCAGGAACUGGAAUUCUAGGUUUACCAUAUGCAAUCAAACAAGGUGGUUGGAUAGCUUUGAGCCUGAUCGUUUUGUCAAUGUUAAUAACAUUUCACACCAGUGUCAUUUUAAUAAAAUGUCUAUAUUAUAAAGAAAAUAAACGUCUGAGUUCUUAUGGUGACAUAGGAUAUGCCGCAUUUGGAAAUUUUGGAAGAUAUUUUUUGGUUGGAGUUUUUAAUAACUCACUUCUGCUUGGUGUCCCUAUAUUAUUCUUUAUCCUGGCCGGACAAAGUCUUGAUAAUAUUGUAGAACAAAUUUGGGAUAUCAAAUUAGGUGUUCGUUUAUGGACCAUAAUAUCUGCUGCUAUUGUAGCUUUACCGUUUGUAUUCACGAAAACUUUGAAAGAAACGGUGAUUUUAAGCGUUUUUGGUGCUGUCACCACUUUUUUUACUGUUAUCGCUAUCGUGGUACUUUCGUUUGCGGAUCUUUCAAAUGUUGUUAACUCCCCUGAUCCGCCCUCGUAUAGUAUAGUUGUAUUUACGGGACUCCCCAUUGCACUCGCUUCAAUCUCAUUUUCAUUUGGAGGAAAUAGCGUUUUUCCUCAUAUAGAAGAGAAUAUGAAAAAUAAAAAAAGUUGGAAUAUAGUCGUCGGAUUGGCUAUGGCAACAUGUGCAGCUAUGUAUGCAAUAGUCGCUUUUGCUGGAUAUUAUGUGUAUGGUGAUGAUACAAUGAGCCCUAUUUUUCUUAAUUUACCUAAAGGUCUAGUGUUGACAAUAGCGACUUUAUUUAUGACAAUACACGUACUUACAACUGCUCCGAUUUAUAUGACAUCUUUUGCCUUUGAUAUUGAAAAAUAUUUAAAAAUCACACAUGAAUUUUAUUCUCCUUUGGCCGAACUUGCUCUUCGCGCUUUGUUCCGAACUAGUCUUAUUGUUACAUGUACAGGAAUCGCCGUAUCGGUCCCAUUUUUUGGGGACUUUAUGUCAUUUUUGGGGGCAAUCUCGACGUGUGCCAUCGUUUUCAUUCUCCCUGUAGUAUUUUAUUUGAAACUAUUUGGAUGGAAAAGUAUGUCUAUUUGGGCAUUAUUAUGGAAUAUAUUUGUGAUAGUAGUAGGAGUUAUUGGUUGUAUAGUUGGAUCUACUGAUGCGAUAUUAGCUUUGAUGAGAGAUUUUCGCGAGAUGGAUUCCAGCAAAUAA